AUGCCCUCCCUCUGCGCGCUAUGCGACACUGCCCGUGCCCUCGUCAAGCGGCCCAAAACGGGACAGCCAGUGUGCAAGCAAUGCUUCUUCGACGUCUUCGAGGCCGAGGUACACCAGACGAUUACCCAUGGGGGUGAGGAUGGGGGCUCGAUAUUUGAGCGCGGCGACAAGGUCGCCAUCGGGGCGAGUGGUGGCAAAGACUCUACUGUACUCGCGCACGUCAUGACCACCCUCAAUGCACAGUACGACUACGGGCUCGACCUGUACCUCUUGAGCAUUGACGAGGGGAUCAAAGGAUACCGCGACGACUCGCUCGAAACUGUUAAACAGAACCAGAAGGAGUACGGAUUACCGCUCAAAAUUCUCAGCUACUCGGAGCUGUAUGGGUGGACUAUGGACCGUGUGGUGGAGCAAGUCGGCAAGAAAAACAACUGUACUUUUUGCGGUGUGUUUCGUCGCCAGGCCCUCGAUCGGGGGAGCGCUACCCUCGGCGUCGAUCACAUUCUCACAGGUCAUAAUGCCGACGACAUGGCUGAGACAGUACUCAUGAACAUUAUGCGUGGCGACGUCGCUCGGUUGCAGCGCUGUACGGCCCUUACGACACAGAGCGAGGACACGAUCAAGCGAUCCAAGCCGUUCAAGUAUGCGUACGAAAAGGAGAUUGUUAUGUACGCGUACUUUAAGAAGCUCACGUAUUUCUCGACAGAGUGUAUUUAUGCGCCGGAAGCGUACCGCGGCUAUGCGCGCAUCUUCCUCAAGGAUCUGGAGGCUAUCCGCCCCUCCGCGAUCCUCGACAUCAUCCGCUCUGGCGAGACGUUCGUGCUCGACCAGAAGACCCAGCGGGGGAUGAAGGCGAUGCAAACAUGCACUCGCUGCGGGUACAUCGCCAGCAACGACCUGUGUAAGGCGUGCGCGCUCUUGCAGGGCCUGGAGAGCGGGAGCACACAAGCUGCCAUGGCCGGCGAGGUGCCUGAGGGCCAGCGGGUGAUCCCCAAGUUUGAGCGCAAGCUGCGAGUCGCUGAGGGGAACGCCGUCGAGGGUGUCGAGCGUGCCGUCGCGCGCGUCGAUAUUGGCGCGGAGUAG